AUUGUAAAUGAUUAAUUUAGAAAACGCAGAUAGAAUCCGAGUCUGGCAAAGAGUCAGCGUCUGAUUCGGAUAAUGAGAGUAAAAGUGACCAAAGCAGCAGUUCCUCUGGUAGUAAUUCUGGAUCUGAAAGUGAUAGUGACUCUAGCUCAUCAAGUAGUGGCGGUUCAAAUUCCUCAGCGGCUUCAGUAGCGUCUGAGUACUCCGCCAAGUCGGAUAAAUCCGACCCACCUGCACAAAAUGAUAGUUUUCAGAGCGGAAAAAGCUCCUCGGGUAACAGUGCCUCGGCUAAAAUCAAAAGCCGCCGCGAGUCCAAUCGCGAGUGGGAUGACAAUCCCGAUAUCUACGGAAUCAGGAGGUCUGGCAGAUCCAGGAAGGGUCCUGAGAGACUCGAUACCGCAAACGCCACCUCUCGUGAGAGCGAUAACGAUAACCGUAAAAAACUUAAGAAAAAGAGUAGCCAAAAUACUUGGAACUCUGAGUCUUCUGGAGAUUCAGACUCGGAGGAUUUUGAAAACCGACGACCACCUCCGGCUAGUAAGUCGAUAAACAGGCGAGCUGCUCAAAAAGCUAAAGAAGCGCGCUCGAAAAAAAAACAGCGACGGCUUAUCGACGAAGGCACAGCUAGUGAAGAUUUAGUUGAUGUUGAUGAAGCAGCUUCGCAGCCAUCAAAUCAAUUGGAUCCAGCUGACAAUGCCGAAACAAUUGAGCGAAUUCUAGCACAAAGAAUAGGAAAAAAAGGAGUAACGGGUAAUGUGACGACUGUCUACGCUGUUGAGGAAAACGGCGACCCGAAUGUAUCAAAACACGAAGACGAAUCAAAUAAAGAAGAAAGUCAAGUUCAGUACCUGAUUAAGUGGAAAGGCUGGUCCCACAUACACAACACGUGGGAGUCAGAAGAGUCACUCAAAGCACAAAAAGUUAAAGGGUUAAAAAAAUUAGACAAUUUUAUAAAACGUGAUACUGAAAUAAAACAAUGGCGAGCGUACGCCGGGCCCGAGGAUAUUGAUUACUUCGAGUGUCAGCUGGAGUUGCAGCAGGAGCUUCUCAAGAGUUACAACAACGUGGAAAGGAUAAUUGCCGAGUACAAAAAGCCUGAAUCUGAGUACCCGGAUUAUUACUGCAAAUGGGAGAGCUUGCCUUACGCAGACGCUACGUGGGAAGAUGGCGCGCUCAUUGUCAAAAAGUGGCCCGAUAAGAUUAAAGAGUUCCGCGAUCGUGAGGAUUCCAAGAGGACACCCAGCAGACAUACAAAGACUCCUGGAAAACGACCAAAGUUCCAUCAUGUUAAAGAGCAACCCAAGUAUCUGGGUGGUGAGAGGAAGGAUUUAAUUCUUCGUGAUUAUCAGAUGGAUGGUCUUAACUGGAUGAUUCACUCGUGGUGCAAAGACAAUAGUGUAAUUUUAGCAGAUGAAAUGGGAUUGGGUAAAACUAUCCAAACAAUAUGCUUCCUUUAUUAUUUAUUUCACACUCAUCAAAUUCACGGGCCAUUUUUAUUGGUCGUACCACUGUCGACAAUGACAUGCUGGCAACGUGAGAUGACUUUAUGGGCACCUGAUAUGAAUUUUGUUACUUAUUUAGGUGAUGUAACUUCCCGUGAUAUUUGGUGUUACUACGGUACCAAAAGAUUAAAAUUCAACGCAAUCCUUACCACCUACGAAAUAGUCCUAAAAGACAAAUUAUUAUUGGGUCAACUGGACUGGGCAGUGCUUCUAGUCGACGAGGCUCACCGACUAAAAAACGACGACUCUCUCUUAUAUAAAGCCCUAAGCGAAUUCAGAACCGACCACCGACUUCUUAUCACCGGUACACCUCUCCAAAACAGCUUGAAAGAACUGUGGGCUCUUUUGCACUUUAUAAUGCCGAAUAAAUUUGCGGAUUGGGAAGAAUUUGAAAAGGAGCACGGCAACACUGCCCAAAAAGGGUACCCCAAGUUACACAAACAACUAGAGCCGUUUAUUAUCCGGCGUGUAAAGAAGGACGUAGAAAAAUCCUUGCCCGCCAAAGUCGACCAGAUAUUGCGUGUGGAAAUGACAUCUUUACAGAAACAAUACUACAAAUGGAUAUUGACAAAAAAUUACAAUGCUUUGCGCAAAGGCGUCAAGGGUUCAACAAUGACUUUUAUAAAUAUCGUAGUAGAAUUAAAGAAAUGUUGCAACCAUGCAUUUUUAACCAAACCGAUGGACUACGAUCGUGAAAAGAAAGACGACGCUGAAGAUUAUUUACAGACAAUAAUUCGUGGCUCCGGUAAAUUAGCUUUACUCGAUAAAUUAUUGGUCCGCCUGCGAGAAACUGGUCAUAGAGUAUUGAUAUUCAGCCAGAUGGUCAGAAUGUUGGACAUACUGGGUGAGUAUCUUCAAAAGCGACACUUUCCAUUUCAGCGACUGGACGGUAGCAUAAAAGGCGAGCUUAGAAAGCAAGCUUUAGAUCAUUUUAAUGCCGAGGGAUCCACUGAUUUUUGCUUCCUGUUAUCAACCCGCGCCGGUGGGCUUGGUAUUAACUUGGCGACCGCUGACACUGUGAUAAUUUUCGACUCUGACUGGAAUCCUCAGAACGACUUGCAAGCCCAAGCCCGGGCUCACCGUAUCGGCCAAAAAAAUCAAGUAAAUAUUUACCGGCUGGUUACCAAAAAUUCCGUCGAAGAAGAAAUAGUCGAGCGAGCCAAGAAAAAAAUGGUCCUUGAUCAUUUAGUGAUCCAGCGGAUGGACACCACCGGCAGGACUGUGCUAGACAAGAAAGGUUCCGGCAGCAAUCCUUUUAACAAAGGAGAUUUGAAUGCUAUUCUCAAGUUCGGAGCAGAGGAACUCUUCAAAGACGAGGAGGAGGGCGACGAGGAGCCCAAGUGUGAUAUUGACGACAUUUUACGGCGAGCUGAGACCAGAGACGACAGCUCAGCUCCAGCUACUGUUGGAGAUGAGCUGCUCUCUGCUUUUAAAAUUGCCAGCUUCGCUUUUGAAGAAGAGUCCACUGAGCCGGCUAUGGAGGUCGACAAUCCUGAUAAUGGAGAAGAUAGCAGAGAUUGGGCGGAAAUAAUUCCCGAGAAUUUUAGAAAAAAGAUUGAGCAGGAUGAAAAGUGCAAGGAGAUGGAGGAUUUGUAUUUACCACCGCGAAGUAGGAAGACUUUGCAGCAGAUGAAUAAUCGGGGGAGUAAAGAUGACGGGAAGAGAAAAAGACGCAAAGCUCAGAGCGAUGAAGAGAGUGAUGAGGGGGAUGACAGUGUUGGAAGUGAUGCUGAUGGGUCUGAUGAUGAACGCCCGAAGAAAAGAGGCAGGCCUCGGAUGCAGCCUAGAGAAUCGAUUAAGAGUUUUACUGAUGUUGAAAUCAGACGAUUUAUCAAGAGCUAUAAAAAAUUCCCGGCUCCGCUGAAGCGGCUUGAUGACAUUGCUGCUGAUGCUGAGUUACAAGAGAAGCCUAUGGUGGAGCUGCGGUACCUUGGAGAGCUGAUGAAGUCCAGGUGCGACGCUUGCAUCGCUGAGUUUGAAACCGCGAGUAAGGAUGGAAGGGAUAAGGAGGAGAAGGUUAAGAAGGAGGGCAAAGGUCGCAAGCGUGGACGAGGGCCUACGUUUAAGUUAGCGGGAGUGAUGGUCAAUGCCAAGUCGCUUUCUGCAGCUGAGAAAGAAUUAGAGCCGCUUGAUCAAGCUCUCCCUGAAGAAGAGGAGCAACGUGCUAAUUGGCAUUUAGAUGUUAAAUUAAAGCCUGCUAAUUUUGACUGCGAGUGGAGCUCUGAGGAUGACUCCAGAUUGUUAAGGGGGAUUUAUAUUCACGGCAUGGGAUCUUGGGAGGCUAUCAAAAUGGACCCGAGUCUUAAACUUGGGGAUAAAAUUCUUCCUGGUGAUAACAAGCCACAAUUAAAGCAGCUAAAUGCUCGCGCUGAGUAUUUGUUGAAGAUUCUUAAAAAGCAGAUGGAUAUGAAGCAUGGAUUGACUAGAAAGAUGCGCAAGCCGAGGAAGCCUAAAGAAAUUAAAUCUGCGAUUACGAAGGAACUGGUGGAGGAUAAUGAUAGUCCGGGGGGAGCAAGUACUGGCUCUGGGGAUGAGAAUAAAAAACCUAAGGUCAAAGGGGACAAGCCGGUGGUUAGUGUUAAGAAGGAAGAGCCGGAUGUGGGGGUUAAGAAGGAUGUUAAGGAUGAUAUGAGCGACAGUGGGCUUGCUGUGACAGGUACUGGGUCAGUUGUCACGCCUGAGGAUAAGAAAAAGGAGAAGAAGAUGAAGAAGGAGAAAAAGGAGGGAAAGAAAACUAGAAGGAGCAAACAGGGCGGGUCUGCUUUGGCUACUGGACCUAUGCAUUUUACUGCGAAUAAUGAACCACGUGCUCUUGAUGUUCUGGGUGAUUUGGACCCUUCGGUUUUUAAUGAGUGCAAGGAAAAAAUGCGGCCGGUUAAGAAGGCGUUAAAAGCGCUUAAUCAGCCGGAUCAGUCGCUCAGUGAGGAGGAACGGAUUGCGCAUACUAGACAGUAUCUUGUUCAGAUUGGGAAUCAGAUUAAUACUUGUUUGUCUGAAUAUAAAGAUCCGGAGCAGAUAAAAGAGUGGCGGAGUAAUUUGUGGUAUUUUGUGUCUAAAUUUACGGAGUAUGACGCGAAAAAAUUGUACAAGCUUUAUAAACAUGCUACGCGUGAAAGGCAACAUGAUGAUAGUUCUAAUUUAUUGUCCAGUCCGGAGAAAAAAGAGGAGAAUAAUUCACAAAAGCACACCCAGGAAAAACAUCCACCAGCUGAAGCUGCGGCUAAUCCUUCCAAAGAGGCAAGGCCUGUAAAACGGAGGUUCCCGGAGGAAGUCGAGGAGAAUUCGCCGAAUAGUGGGUUGCCUAGUAAGAAACACUUGGCUGGGAAUCAUCAUCACCAUCAUCAUCAUCAUGGCAAUGCUAAUAACAGGCAUUCCGGGUCGGCUACCACUGGAUCGGCUACCUUGACUACUGCUACGACUACUACUGCGACUUCCUCGGCUUCUGCCUCAGCUUCUGUAGCUUCGUCUGUGACUCCAGUGCCUCUGGGGUCUAAUAGUAAUUCUAACAGUGGGAAUAGUGUCAGUGGAAGUGAUAGCUUGAGGCAGAAAGAUGCUAAGGAACCUUCGAAACAUAAUAAAGAGGGGAAAAGAGAUAGGGAUAGGGAUAGGGACAGAGAUAGGGAGAGGGACAGGAUGCACGAUAGGGGAAUGGAUAGGCUAGGUGGGAAGGAUGAGAGGAUUAGGCGUGAUAGUGGAGGGUAUAAU